AUGGAUCCCUUCACAAAACCGGCGUACGGAGAAAUACUCCUCCAUCAGACACUUGAUUACCUGUCGAGAGUUUCGCCACAUAGACUGUACGCAUCAAUUCCACACUUUGCAGAUUUCAUCGAUUUAUUUAGGGAUCUGGACUUCUUAUGCUGUACCGGUGUCCCUUAUUCAGGGUCAACCUUUGCUGCCGGUGCGUUGGUGAUAGGAAAUGGAAGAGUACGUGCUACUCUGCUUUUGGAGCCUAAACCACAAGUUCAAGACCACGAAAGAAAAUCUUUGAUUCAGACUCUUUGGCCAUGUAUUGAGGAAGCUAACGCGUUGGCACCUGGCCAUGGACGCAUCCUCAAUCAAACAUUAUCGUUGCCGACAAGCCAUUCUCACGUGCGGCUCACGAAAACAGCUUUCGAGAAAGAGAUCGAGACCCCAUACAAGCAGACAAAAUUGUCUACUUCAAAUAAAAUCCCGUCUCUCAGAGCUAUCUUUGAGCGCGAGUCAGUUCGGAACUUCGUACGCGCUAUUGCUGUCUCUUGCUUUCCAAUCGCUGCUAAUGUUUCGGACGACGAAGAUCUCUUUUCACAUGAUUUAGACUCGCUUAGGAUUACCGAGCUGGUAGCCAUUCUGAGAUCCGGAAUUGCAGAACACGCCAGCUCGUCCGGUGUAUCAUGGAUAUCGCCGGAGAUGGCAUACCAGAAUCCAAGCAUUGUCCAAUUAGUCACUAUAUGCCAUUAUUUCCUCAAUCCCCGCCGUACUCCACAGGGAAGCAAUGCGCAAGCACGAAUUUCCACCAUGGAAAAUCUGGUCCGAAAGUACACUCACAACUUACCCGUGCGAUCUCCAUACAGCCCGGGAGAUGCACCUCAAACAUCGUUGAAAAUGUGCAUUGCAGUAAUAGGCUCAACAGGCACAUUAGGAACAGUUCUUCUCAGCACGCUGUUACCAAACCUCAGAAUUUCCCGAAUCUACUGUCUCAACCGCAAUGUUUCUGCACGCGUCACGCAAGAAUCCAUCCUUGCAAAUCGAGGAAUCGAUUCUUCCCUCGUCUUCAAGCCCCAUUUCAUGACGGUCAAAAUCGAUUCGCCAAACCUUGGUCUACCUUUAUCGGAUUACAAUAUACUCGUUGAUGAUAUCGACAUCAUAAUAUAUAAUGCAUGGGGGCCUAUUACCCAUGACUCAGCACCAGAACUCACAUAUCUAUACCCUACUAAGCCUCCCACCACAGUCCCAACAACCAUCCUCCGUAUCGGCCAGAUAAGCGGUUCAACCAGCCCCACCGACCCUCCCUGGCCAAAACAAGAAUGGUUAUAUCCCAUUCUUCUUUCUUCCAAGACACUCUGCCUCUUACCUCAGCAACUUGCUCCUAUUGAUUGGGUGCCGAUCGACUUAGCUGCUGCCGUUAUCUCCGAAAUUCUAGCUUCAUAUGGAGAUGCAUCUUCAAUUUCGGAGGCCAAGUAUUCGAGUGAGAGCGAGGAUGGGAAAAACAUUCAAGCAUACAACAUCGUCAACCCAGCUCAUAUUUCCUGGGAUAUACUUGAUAACGGCCGACAAAUAAAGAUGCUUCCGUUACGAGAAUGGAUCGAGGAGAUUGAGAAGUAUAGUGCGAAUUUGGAUGUGAAGACAAUGGGGAUAGAGGCGACUUUAAAACCUGCAUUGAAGUUGAAUAAAAGAUUGGGGAAUGGGAAGGCAUUAGAUGAUGUUAGAUAUAUGAUGGAAAAGAGUAAAAGAGCUAGUAGGGCAAUGAAGGAGAUGGGAGGUAUUGAUAGGGAGAUGAUCGAGAUGUGGUUGGGGCAAUGGGGGCUGUAA